AUUUCUUCUUUUCAGACCCAGCAAUCAAAAUGGAGGCGAUCGUCCGUCGUUGCCCUUUCCUUUCCCGGGUCUCCCAGACCUUCCUGCAGAAAGCCGGCAAGUCCCUGAUCACCUACGCCCAGAACUGCCCGGUCAUGAUGGGCCCCCGGACCCUGGCCAGCGCCAGGCUCAGCACCUCCGCCGUGUGCCACCAGGAGACCAGGGAGACGUCACCCGGAGAGCAAGGUGAGCCGUGCGCCCAGGAAAUAAAAAGAGGGAAAUUUAUUAACAUCAAAGCUCCACAGGGGUCUGCGGCCCCUCAGCUGCCGGCGGACCAUGCCGGGGUUGCCAGCGGUCAGAACGCCUCUAAAUGUCCCUUUCUGGCGGCUCAGCUGACCCAGGAGAACAGCAGCGUGUUCCGCAAGGCCAGUCUUGCGUUACAGGAGGACGUGCAUGAAAUGCAGAGCCUGAGGAAGGGUGAGUGCCCUCUGAAUCUGAUGAUUUCUUAUUCUAAAAGUGAGACCCCGCCAAAAAAGAUCGGAGUGCUGCAAAAAUUUCAAGAGAGCGUUCUGCAGCAGAAACCCGAGCUGGUGUCCCAUCUCCUCCAGGACAACAUGCCGAAAUCCGUGCGCACCUUCCACUACGACAAGUUCUUCGAGAAAAAAAUCGAAGAGAAGAAGAACGACCACACCUACCGCGUCUUCAAGACGGUCAACCGGCGCGCCCAGGUCUUCCCCAUGGCGGACGACUAUUCGGAGACCCUGACGAGCAAGAAGACGGUGUCGGUCUGGUGCAGCAAUGACUACCUGGGGAUGAGCCGCCACCCGAAGGUGGUGAGCGCCGUCAUGGAUACGCUGAAACAUCAUGGCGCCGGCGCCGGAGGGACCCGAAACAUCUCCGGGACCAGUAAAUUCCAUGUGGAAUUGGAACACGAAUUGGCGGAUCUCCACGGCAAAGACGCGGCCUUGCUCUUCUCCUCCUGCUUCGUGGCCAACGACUCCACGCUCUUCUAUGAUGGCGGGAGGGCUCCAGGCUGCGAGAUCUACUCCGACUCCGGGAACCACGCCUCCAUGAUUCAGGGCAUCCGGAACAGCAGGGUGCCCAAGUACAUCUUCCGGCACAACGACGUGGCCCAUCUCCGGGAGCUGCUGAAGAACUCCGACCCGUCCAUCCCGAAGAUUGUCGCCUUCGAGACCGUCCACUCCAUGGAUGGUGCCGUAUGCCCCCUGGAGGAGAUGUGCGAUGUGGCUCACGAAUUCGGAGCGAUAACCUUUGUCGAUGAAGUUCACGCUGUCGGGCUGUACGGCGCCCGGGGAGGAGGAAUAGGUGACCGCGACGGAGUCAUGCACAAGAUGGACAUCGUUUCCGGAACCCUCGGAAAAGCGUUCGGUUGCGUGGGCGGGUACGUCGCCAGCACCAGCGCCCUGAUCGACACCGUCCGCUCCUACGCCGCCGGCUUCAUCUUCACCACGUCCCUGCCGCCCAUGCUGCUGUCCGGCGCCAUGGCGUCCGUGCGGGUCCUGAAGAGCGAGGAGGGGCAGGCCCUGCGGCGCCAACACCAGCGCAACGUGAAGCUCCUGAGGCAGAUGCUGAUGGACGCCGGGCUGCCGGUGGUGCACUGCCCCAGUCACAUCAUCCCCAUCAGGGUUGCCGACGCCGCCAAAAACACCGAGAUCUGCGACCGUCUGAUGUGCUACCACGACAUCUACGUGCAGGCCAUCAACUACCCCACCGUCCCCCGCGGAGAGGAACUGCUGAGAAUCGCUCCCACCCCCCACCAUACCCCGCAGAUGAUGAACUACUUCCUGGAGAAACUUCUGGUCUCCUGGAAGGAGGCGGAGCUGGAACUGAAGCCCCAUUCCACCGCCGAGUGCAACUUCUGCCGCCAGCCGCUGCACUUCGAGGUGAUGAGCGAGCGCGAGAAGUCGUACUUCUCCGGCAUGAGCAAGAUGGUGUCCGCCAGAUCCUGACCACGCCCCCUGCGCCCCGCGGGGCGUCAGAUUCUAUAGUCAUGAAUUUUUAUGUCGCGCGGCAGAUGCAUUACGAUUCCUGGCUGCCCACACUGUGAAUAUCGUGUUUGCCAAUGUCAGUCUGUCAGUAAAGUUGA